ACAGACGACUUUCAUCGCAUCAACGAUUACAUCGAUUUAGAGGACAUCACAGAAAUAGAUGAAGACAUCAGUGAUUUAGAGAGGGCUGAAGUGGAGGCCGCGAAGAACACCGUGGCACCGCCGCAGCGAUUACUACUGGAGCGUCAGCUGCACAAGAGUGUACUCAUAGGAUGGUUACAUCCGGAGUGUCCCAAAACUUUCAUCGACUCGUUUCAGAUCUAUGUGGACGGAGUGCUGAAGGCAACCAUUCCUAGCAAUGACCGAACCAAAGCCCUCGUCGAAGGGGUCGACUCAUCCAUGCCUCAUAGGAUUAGUGUGCGAGCGUUGGAUAGAAGUGGUCGCCAGUCCAAAGACCCGGCCUGUACUAUAGUAAUCGGCAAAAACAUCCCAUUCGCUCCGUGUUGUGUGAAGGCGUCCAACAUAUCGUCGGAUUCGGCGGUCAUUUCCUGGAUUCCCUGUAACUCCAACUUCUAUCACGUGGUGGCCGUCAAUAGCGUCGAAGUGCGUACAGUUAGGCCGUCGGUGUUUAAGCACCUGAUCACUGGUCUGGCGGCCAAUACGCUGUAUAGAGUGUCAGUUCGUGCCAAACCUGGAAAGCUCUUAUGUAGUGACGAGAAAAAUCCCAAAAAACUAGAAAUGCUCACAACAUUCGUCGACUUCAGAACAGUACCAAAAAGUCUUCCCGAUCCACCCGUUGAUAUACAAGUGGAAAAUGGCCCACAAGAGGGUACUCUACUGGUCACGUGGCUUCCGGUCACGUUGAACCAGUUCGGCACAUCCAACAACUGUCCCGUCACCGGCUAUGCAGUGUUUGCCGGCCAUAAAAAAUUAUCAGAAAUCGAUAGUCCGACCGGAGAUCACGCGUUGCUUGAGAUAUCCUCGUUAGAGCACUUGCAUAAGAAGGCGGUCACCGUUAGGACCAAAUCCGGUGAGAAUCUAUCGCAAGACUCGAUGCCGUGUCAGAUACCCGACGAGUUACUCAAAUUGCCUCCAAUUAAUAUUCACUCCAAAAAGACGCAUCAUUCGGAUUCAGAAUCUGAUACUGAAUUAACUCAACUCCUAAACAACUAUGUGAGACGUUCGCAAGCAUUUGAUCCAACGUCUCAGGUCGUAUACGACUCGCACCGAACAAAUAAACAGAUGGCCAGUCGUCCGUCGACCCGAACAAGUGCUACGACCCGUGCUUUACAACAACAACAACAGCAACAACAGCAUCAUCUGCAGCAACAAAAACUUCACCACCAAAGCCAUCACCACAUGACCACUCAUCCCACACACCAAUCGCAUCAUAUGAUGGAGAAUUUUAGCGAUAAAGACCUCAUAUCACGAAUGAAUAUACCGGCCAUUGAGAUCACGAAAGACACUCCGAGUGAGAGUAUUAAUCCCAUUGAGAGCUACUCUGAAGAGGAGUUCGAGUCGAUGAGACAGCGGACGAGCGGUGGUGUGGCCGGCGGUGUCCGCGGUUACGGCAUGUCUCCGGUGCCGCCGCAACGGACGCGCGCUAUCAGCGACUACGAGCGCUCCCACUUCGGGCCGUCCGACCACAUGCCUAACCGCCGAAUGGCCGGUCAGUCCCAACGCGAUCGCGAGCGCGGUAUCCGUUGGUUUGUCGCUCUCUUCGAUUACGACCCGCUCUCGAUGUCUCCCAACCCGGACGCCGCCGAAGAGGAGCUGCCCUUUCAAGAGGGACAGCUCAUCAAAAUAUUUGGUGAUAAAGACGCGGACGGCUUCUACAGGGGAGAGGCGAACGGGAGGGUAGGGUUCGUGCCCUGCAAUAUGGUGUCUGAAGUGCAAUACGACAACGAAACCGAAAUGAGACAACGCAUGGGUCACCAGACGGCAGGCGCCGACCCGUGGUCUCACCUUAAUGUUAGAAAAAUGGUCGCCCUUUACGACUACGACCCGCAAGAGUUGUCGCCCAACGUGGACGCCGAGAUGGAGUUGGCGUUCAAUACGGGAGAUAUAGUGUAUAUUUACGGCGAUAUGGAUGAGGACGGCUUCUUCAUGGGCGAAGUGAAUGGCGUGAGAGGUCUCGUGCCCUCAAACUUCCUGUCGGAGUCGGGGCCGAUGCCCGUCGGGGGCGCCACCAAUGCUUCGGUGACGGGCGGUGGCGGCGCCACAUCGGCCACCGGCGCAGCCGUUGAUCCCAAUGCUCGUCAUGGCCGACUCCAGUCACAACUGGUGGGACAGCAAAUGUUGGGCCAAAGAGGAGACCUCCACAUAAUGGGAGCCCAAGGCCUGCCGCCGCAGCACCCAAUGCAGGGGCCUAUGGGGGGUCCUAUGGGGGGCCCACAGGGUUACCAAACCACAGGCGACAUUCGUCGGAUGGGAGGACCCAAUCAGCAGUAUAUUACGGGCCAAGCGGUGCCGUCGGGCCAGCAGGUGGGCCAACACCAGUACACCCAACACCCGGGCCAACAGCCGGUCCAUCCCAUGCAAUCGCAACAGGGCUACAAUCAGCAGCAAUACCAACAGCAACAACAGCAGGCAAACCAGCAGAUGAUCGCCCGGGGUAUGAGACAACAGGUACCCCCUCAGGGACCAAUGGGGGCAAUGGGCCCAAUGGCCGGUAUGCAACAGCCGGGCAGCCAACAGGCCUACAACGCAAUGUUCCCAACCGGAGGGGUAACAAUGCCUGGUAAUAAACAACGACCCACUAGUCUUGAUCUACACAGUGCCACAUCACCACGACUUAAUCAGCCCAACCAUAACAACAAUCUAACUCUUCAGCAACAGCAGCAGCAACAGCAACAGCACAGCAGCGGAAUGUUAGGCAGCCUUUUCGCCAGCGGCAAGAAAAUACUGGAAGAGGCGACCACUCCGUUGGGGGCCAGAGGGCCCUUCGCUCACCCCAACCAAAGCCACCAGACUAUGGGUCAUCACCCGCUCGGCGGCGGCCAACCCGGCGCUCCCGGACAGCAACAGUCGGCUUAUGGUAUGCAACAGCAGUCCCAACAACACCCCCAACAGCAACAGUACGGCGGACAACAGCAGCACCAGCCGUACGGUCAGCAACAGUACGGCCAGCAAUACGGCCAAAGUGGUCAACAGAUGGGAAUGGGUGGUCAGCCGGGAAUGCCCGGACAACAGGGCGGCAAUAUUUUGAAUUCCAUGAAAAAUCUAUUCAAAUUAUGAGUUCUUCGGAUUAGAGAGUUGUUAUCAAUUAUAUCUCAUUUCUUACCAUUCAUUCCUUCUCUUCACAUAGACUUCAACGACAAACCAAUCGAUAGAUCUAUUGAUUUGUUUGAUUUGGGUUUUUGUCGUUUAAUUAAAUUUAAUAUAUUCUUCUUCUUUUGUGGUGUGCCUUAAGAUUAAAACUAUGAAAACAAAAACAAAUUAAUUAAUUGAUUAAUUAUUGAAUUUUUUGGCAAUGAUUAUAUAAUAGUUAAAAUUAAUAAAUUAUAAUAAGUAUAAUAAUCAAUGAUUAUUAAUCAUAUAUUAAAAGUAAUUAUAUAUUGAGAACUUUUUAGAGUAUUUAAGUGGAGUUAAUAAAUAUUAAACAAAUGAGUGAUCAUAUCGUCUUUCUCUGCCCAAACCAUUCUCUCUCUCUCUCUCUCUCUCUCCCUAUUGUUAUGAUCUCUGGAUAUCUUAAUUAAAAGAACUGAAAACUUGUUUCUAUUUGAAGAAUAGCAGUGAAUAUUAAAAUGUAUAUCAAAAUUAAAUAACAAAACUAAAUAUAAACUAAACA